CUCCUUCUUCUCAUCUGGGCUUCCUGUCGUCACAGCACGAUCAUAUUUUUUCACCCUUCACUUCUCCUUUUACACAAAUAGCCCCGGAUAUCUGUGUUACCAGCCUUGUCUCGGCCACCUCAAGGAUAAUCACUAAAUUCUGCCUCAAGGACUGAGGAACGGUGCCUGGAAAAGGGCAAGAAUAUCACGGCAUGGGCAUGAGUAGCUUGAAAUUGCUGAAGUAUGUCCUGUUUUUCUUCAACUUGCUCUUUUGGAUCUGUGGCUGCUGCAUUUUGGGCUUUGGGAUCUACCUGCUGAUCCACAACAACUUUGGAGUGCUCUUCCAUAACCUCCCCUCCCUCACGCUGGGCAAUGUGUUUGUCAUCGUGGGCUCUAUUAUCAUGGUAGUUGCCUUCCUGGGCUGCAUGGGCUCUAUCAAGGAAAACAAGUGUCUGCUUAUGUCGUUCUUCAUCCUGCUGCUGAUUAUCCUCCUUGCUGAGGUGACCUUGGCCAUCCUGCUCUUUGUAUAUGAACAGAAGCUGAAUGAAUAUGUGGCUAAGGGUCUGACCGACAGCAUCCACCGUUACCACUCAGACAAUAGCACCAAGGCAGCGUGGGACUCCAUCCAGUCAUUUCUGCGGUGUUGUGGUAUAAAUGGCACGAGUGAUUGGACCAGCAGCCCACCAGCAUCUUGCCCCUCAGAUCCAAAAGUGGAGGGUUGCUAUGCGAAAGCAAGACUGUGGUUUCAUUCCAAUUUCCUGUAUAUCGGAAUCGUCACCAUCUGUGUAUGUGUGAUUGAGGUGUUGGGGAUGUCCUUUGCACUGACCCUGAACUGCCAGAUUGAUAAAACCAGCCAGACCAUAGGGCUAUGAUCUGCAGUUGUCCUGUGGUGAAGAGACUUGUUUCAUCUCUGGAAAUGCAAAACCAUUUAUAGCAUGAAGCCCUACAUGAUCACUGCGGGAUGAUCCUCCUCCCAUCCUUACCCUUUUUAGGUCCCUGUCUUAUACAACCAGAGAAGUGGGUGUUGGCCAGGCACAUCCCAUCUCAGGCAGCAAGACAAUCUUUCACUCACUGAUGGCAGCAGCCAUGCCUCUCGAAGUGGUGAAACUAGUAUCUGAGCCUCUUUUAGACAAGAGAGGCAAAGAGAAACGGGAUCUAAUGGCCCAAAAUCAAAGUGUGAACCCAGGAUAUGAAUUUUUGCAUCUUCCCAUUGUCGAAUUAGUCUCCAGCCUCUAAAUAAUGCCCAGUCUUCUCCCCAAAGUCAAGCAAGAGACUAGUUGAAGGGAAUUCUGGGGCCAGGCUCACUGGACCAUUGUCACAACCCUCUGUUUCUCUUUGACUAAGAGCCCUGGCUACAGGAAUUACACAAUUCUCUUUCUCCAAAGGGCAAGAUCUCAUUUCAAUUUCUUUAUUAGAGGGCCUUAUUGAUGUGUUCUAAGUCUUUCCAGAAAAAAACUAUCCAGUGAUUUAUAUCCUGACUUCAACCAGUAGUCACUUAGGCUGAUAAUCACAGUAAGAAGACUUCUGGUGUUAUCUCUCUAUCAGAUAAGAUUUUGUUAAUGUACUAUUUUACUCUUCAAUAAAUAAAAGUUUAUUAUCUCAAUCACAA